CCCUACUUGCCGUGCAACCCCAGACCCGGCCCCGCAACCCCAGCCUCUCACAUCCCCCGACUCGCCAGAAAAGCACCUGGCCCCCCACCAUGAACUGCCCCUUGUGUGCCUCUGAGUUGCGGAAACACCUUCUCUCGCCGUCCCAGGCGAUUCUCAGCUGCCCGAACGAGGCGUGCGCCUACCCAUUCAACUUGCCCAUGGAUGAGGUCCGGCGCCAGGGCUUGACGCUCCGCACCAGCGAGCUGGAGAUCAUGGCGCAAAUGGGCGACAAAUUGGCCCGCGCGCAAGUGGACCCGCGCACCGCCCGCUUCAUGACCAAAAGCGACGGCGACACCCAGCCGUGAAAUGCUGGGGCAUGGGUGCCAAAAACCACACUGGUCAGUCACGCCGGAAAAACACCACGGCCUGGGGGAGUAAGACCGAGACAGACCGACGGGCUGGAUAGAAGGGCCAGAAGCGAGAAAGGCCAGGAGAAAGGCCGGGAGAAAGGCCAGGAGAAAGGGCAGAAAAGAGAAGGGCAGGAGAGAGAAGGGCAGGAGAGAGAAGGGCCAGAAGAGAGAAGAAGAGAGAAAGGCUGGGUAUAAUCGGAAACCUACAGAAAAAAAGGCUGGAAGAAAGAAAGGAUAAGAAGGGAAUAUUAAAAGAAAGAAUAUUAAAAGAAAGAAUAUUAAAAGAGAGAAUAUUAAAAGAGAGAAUAUUUAACGAAAGAAUAUUGGAAGAAAGAAUAUUAAACGAAAGAAGGGCCGGAAAAGACACUACGAUCGGGCCGCACUUUUGAGUCUCGCGGAUGCCCCCAUCACUUC